GAUUGCACGUGACUACGCGAAGUCCACGCUACACGGUAGGCUCUAUCUGCCUCAGGCACCAACGGAAUCAAGGGCGACCAAAAAAAGAGAAACAUCAUACCAAAGGGCAGAUCAGAACCCGGACGUUCGUCACUCUCGAUUCCCUACGACCCCCUAGCCGAAUAAAAGUAUCUAAUGAAUCCCGGCAACCAAUUGACCGACAAUUACACAACUUUUACAUGAAAUAUAAAGGGUCCAUUGAAAACUUUCGGCCUUAGGCAGCUCAAUAAUAAUUCUAUCGCAUCGCAUCUAUCACCUCCGCGGUCUUCAAUUUUCUCCGCAUCUCAAGCUUUGAGCCGACACGAGGAGACGCCAAAAUUCCCAAUGUUCGACUCAAUUUGCAGCCUCCCACUGCUCUCUGAUCUCAAUUGCCAAGCCGUCCAUCCUACUGAAUCUGUUGUCGCUGUUGGUCUCGUCAGCGGCCAUGUCCAGACUUUUCGACUCCCGCCGGUAGCAAGCGACGCUGGGUCCGAGAAUGACGAGACCACCGCAUCGGAGAACGGUCUUGGGCAUGUCGACACAGUAUGGAAGACUAGAAGACACCAAGGAAGCUGUCGAACCUUAGACUACAGUACCGACGGCUCAGUCCUGUACUCAGCGGGCACCGAUAGCAUCGUCAAAGUCGCAGAUACAGAGACCGGCCAAGUGCGCAGCAAAAUACGCACGCCCCUCGCAGAUCGCUCCUCCCUCGAAUUCGAAGACCCGGCCCUGCUCCACGUCGUCUCCCCUCAAACCUUCCUCCUCGCGACUGACUCUGCCGCGCUGCACCUCUACGACAUCCGCACAGACACCUCGCUCGCCGCCCGCCCCUCACAAACCCACCGUCCACACACCGACGAAUACAUAUCCUCCCUCACCCCGCUCCCGGCAUCCACAGAAUCUACCUCUGGCUUCAGCAAGCAAUGGGUCACAACGGGCGGCACCACGCUUGCAGUGACGGAUUUGCGGCGCGGUGUGCUGGUACAGAGCGAAAGCCAAGAAGAAGAAUUACUAAGUAGCACAUAUGUCAGUGGGCUCGCCAAGCGCGGCUCGAGUCGCGGGGAGAAGGUCCUUGUGGGCGCGGGCAAUGGUGUGCUGACGCUGUGGGAGCGCGGUGCGUGGGACGAUCAGGACGAGCGUAUCCAUGUGGACCGGAGUGGCGAGAGUCUGGAUGUGUUGACGCGAUUGCCGGAGGGUGUGACAGCCCGGCCAACGGUCGCGGUUGGGUUGGGUGAUGGAUCGAUAAGGCUUGUAGAGAUAGGGCAAAAUAAGGUUGUGGCGACACUGAGGCAUGACGAGAUGGAUCGGGUCGCGGCCAUCAGCUUUGAGGCUGGUGGGCGAAUGGUUAGUGGCGGUGGGCAGAUUCUGAAGGUGUGGGAGGAGAAGUUUGCGGGUGCGACGAUAGUGGACGCGGAUGAGUCUGAAGAUGAGACUCAAGAUACUGCUGUGUCGAAAAGGGAAAGGGAUGACUCUUCAGACAAUGAUAGCGACGAUUCUAGCAGUGAAGAGGAGAAAAAGGACAAGAAGCGCAAAAAGAAGAAACGCAAGGGCAAGAAGCAGAAUCAGACUGGGCACAAAAAUGGCGUACUCAGCUUCAAGGGUUUGGAUUGAAUUGGACAGUAAUGUCUCUAUAUUCUUACAGUAUAUACCCUCGAAGCGCUGCAACCCGUACCACAACCCCACGAUAUAAUCAUUAAUACUGUGAGUGGUUCACACAACGGACAUCCGGCAGCUACACCUCAUUCGUAGCUUUCUUGGGUAUGGUCACGUCACUGCGAACUGCGAACGAAUGAAGACCAAAAUUUGUCAUUGGGAGUUUAGACUACAUCGCGCUAGAAUCUCUAGGAGUUUCUAGGUAUUGAAAGACCGUCCAAUUAGUAUAGAAU